CCUUGGUCUCAGAGCCGCCAUUCUCCGGAUCCACUUCUGGCUUUUCCUCCUGUGCUCAGGAGCCCCAGGUUUCUGUGCGACACAGGGAAGGAGAGACUCUGAGGGAGAACAUGGGGCAGAGUGAAGAGCAGGAAAUGGAACCAUUGACAUUCAUGGAUGUGGCCAUUGAUUUCUCUCAAGAGGAAUGGGAAUACCUGGACCCGGCUCAGCAGAAAUUAUACAGAGAUGAGAUGCUGGAGAACUACAGAAACCUGGUCUUUCUGGUGAUGCAUUCUCAUCGAACCCAAGAAUUUUCAUCAGAGCUGGGAAUAAAAUGUUCAUUCCAUCAGAGGAUAAAGGGAAGGUAUUGAAACUGUGACAUUGAAAAUGUAUGCUUAAAGAAAGAAUGGAUAUGUGUGGAGGAGAGUGAUGUUCAGGAAUAUUCUCAUGGUGAAUAUAAUAGAUGUGAGAUAGCUGCACAAUACAAUUUUUAUCACAAAUUGAUAUCAAGAACAUAUGAAGACUCAGAAAAACCUCAAUUUUACUAGUCAGUUUUGAGGAAGGUUUUGAGUGUCUUGAAAAUUUAU